AUGGACAACAUUUCAAAACUACUGCUGGACAUUCUAGAAGAGCUGAAGAUAGAGGACCUGAAGAAGUUCCAGUGGCAUCUGACCAACAGUGUAGAAGAUGACAAAUGCAUCCCAAAGUCCCAUCUGGAGAAUACAGACAGACUUGACACUGUGGACAAGAUGGUGCAGAAAUAUGACCCAGAUGGAGCUGUGGAGAUCACACUGGACAUCCUGAAGAAGAUGAACCACAACCAACUGGCUGAGAGCCUGAGAAUCAAACACAGUGGAGACAAAUGUGAAGAGUCAACUGCUAAUAGUCCAGCAGCAACAUGCUCAAGUAAGCAACAGAAGCACAGAAACAAAGAACUAAUAUCCAGUGGAGGAAAAAGUGAUUUCAGCAGGAGAAUGAAAAUGAAAUAUAAGCAAAAAUUUGGGAACUUGUGUGAGGAGGCUCCAAUAGAAUGUGAUCGUGUGCCUAUAAAAGACACUUACACUGAAGUUUACAUGAUCAAAGGAUGCACAGGAGGCGUGAACACAAAACACGAAGUGAGACAGGUAGAGGAAUUUUACCCCAAAACAGAAGAAACACCAGUCACACUCAGUGACCUCUUCAAAGUGCAGUCUAUUGAAAACAAGCAAGGUACUAAAGUCCUGACAUUGGGAAUAGCUGGAGUGGGAAAAACAGUCUCUGUGCACAAGUUCAUUCUUGACUGGGCUGAAGAGAAGUGCAACCAGGACAUAGAUUUCAUUAUGUACUUCCCAUUUCGAGAGCUGAACUUGAUAAAGGAUGAAAAGUACAGCCUCUCAAAACUACUUCUUUACUGCCAUCAAGAAGUCCAUUCUGGAGAUGAAAAGGAGAUAUUAAAUGAAAAACAUCAGCUGCUUUUCAUACUGGAUGGACUGGAUGAAAGUAGAAUUCCUCUAGAUCUUCAUCAGAAGAAGGUAUCUAAUGUGAAUGAAAAGACUACUCUUGAUAAACUAAUAACAAACCUCAUAAAUGGAGAACUGCUUCCUUCUGCUCUCCUCUGGAUCACUUCACGACCUGCAGCAGUCAGUAAGAUAAAUGACCAAUAUUUUAACCUUGUUACAGAAAUCCAUGGAUUCAAUAACCCACAGAAGGAGGAGUACUUCAGGAAGAGAAUCAGAGAUGAAGAUCAAGCCAGCAGAAUUAUAUCACACAUUAAGACUGCAAGAAGCCUUCAUAUCUUGUGUCACAUACCGGUUGUCUGCAGGAUCUCAGCCACCGUGUUUAAGAAAAUGCUGAAGGAAGGUGUGGACAUGAAAAAUGCUCCAACAACUCUGACAGAAAUGUACCUACAUUUCCUGCUGUUUUUCACAGAUCAAAAGACUAAGAAAUACAACACAAAGCAAAGCACUAACAAUGCAGUUUCAUCUGAGACAAAAAGAGCAGAGGUGCUGGAUAUUGUGAAGCUUGGAAAGUUAGCCUUUCUUCAGCUGCAAAAAGGACAACUUCUGUUCUAUGAGAAAGAUCUGGAAGAAUGUGGUAUUGAUGUCUGUGAGGCUUUAGUGUACUCUGGAAUUUGUACACAAAUUUUUAAACAGGAGGGGAAGAUCUACAGCUUUGUGCAUUUAAGCUUCCAGGAGUUUCUUGCUGCUGUAUUUGUGUUCCUAACAUUCAGGGGUGAAGGCAACCCACUCCUUAAAACCCCAAUGGAGAAAAUGAAAUGGAAGUUAAAACACAGACUGUGUGAUCUGCUUGAGACAGCAGUAGAUAAGGCCACAAUGAGUGAAAAUGGACACCUGGACCUUUUCCUUCGUUUCCUCCUCGGUCUCUCACUGGAGUCCAAUCAGAGGCUCCUGAGGAGUCUACACCCAGAACUGGACAUCAGAGAAGAGAGUUUAGAGGAGACUGUGAACUACAUCAAGAAAACCAUCAAGAGAACAAAAUCCUUUGAAGAGACUAUCAAUCUAUUCCACUGCUUGAGUGAACUGAAAGACAACUCUCUGAUAAGUGAAAUACAGACCUUCCUGAACUCAGGGGACCUCUCAACACAGACACUCUCAUCUACACAGUGUUCAGCUCUGGUGUUUGUGCUGCUGAUGUCAGAGGAGAUUCAAGAGAAAUUUGAGCUGAAGAAAUUCAGGUCAUCAGAUAAAGGACUGAAGGAAUUACUUCCAGUGUUGAAAAAUACCAGGCGAGCUCUACUAUCUGGCUGUGGUCUCACUGAAGAGACUUGCAAAUCCCUCACAUCAAUUCUACAAACAGAAAACUCACUGAGAGAGCUGGAAAUGAAUAAUAAUGACCUGCAGAAUUCAGGAGUGGAGCAGCUCUGUGCUGGACUGAAGAGUUCACACUGUAAACUGGAGAUUCUCAGACUAUCUGGCUGUGGUCUCAAUGAAGAGUCUUGCAAAUCUCUCACAUCAGUUCUACAAACAGAAAACUCACUGAGAGAGCUGAAGAUAAAUAAUAAUGACCUGCAGAAUUCAGGAGUGGAGCAGCUCUGUGCUGGACUGAAGAGUUCACACUGUAAACUGGAGAUUCUCAGACUAUCUGGCUGUGGUCUCAAUGAAGAGUCUUGCAAAUCUCUCACAUCAGUUCUACAAACAGAAAACUCACUGAGAGAGCUGAAGAUAAAUAAUAAUGACCUGCAGAAUUCAGGAGUGGAGCAGCUCUGUGCUGGACUGAAGAGUUCACAGUGUAAACUGGAGAUUCUCAGACUAUCUGGCUGUGGUCUCAAUGAAGAGUCUUGCAAAUCUCUCAAAUCAGUUCUACAAACAGAAAACUCACUGAGAGAGCUGGAGAUGAAUAAUAAUGACCUGCAGAAUUCAGGAGUGGAGCAGCUCUGUGCUGGACUGAAGAGUUCACACUGUAAACUGGAGAUUCACAGACUAUCUGGCUGUGGUCUCAAUGAAGAGUCUUGCAAAUCUCUCACAUCAGUUCUACAAACAGAAAAUUCACUGAGAGAGCUGGAGAUGAAUAAUAAUGACCUGCAGAAUUCAGGAGUGGAGCAGCUCUGUGCUGGACUGAAGAGUUCAUACUGUAAACUGGAGAUUCUCAGACUAUCUGGCUGUGGUCUCAAUGAAGAGUCUUGCAAAUCUCUCACAUCAGUUCUACAAACAGAAAACUCACUGAGAGAGCUGGAGAUGAAUAAUAAUGACCUGCAGAAUUCAGGAGUGGAGCAGCUCUGUGCUGGACUGAAGAGUUCACAGUGUAAACUGGAGAUUCUCAGACUAUCUGGCUGUGGUCUCAAUGAAGAGUCUUGCAAAUCUCUCACAUCAGUUCUACAAACAGAAAACUCACUGAGAGAGCUGGAGAUAAAUAAUAAUGACCUGCAGAAUUCAGGAGUGGAGCAGCUCUGUGCUGGACUGAAGAAUUCACACUGUAAACUGGAGAUUCUCAGACUGUCUGGUUGUUUGGUCACAGAGGAAGGCUGUUCUUCUCUGGCUUCAGCUCUGAGGUCAAACCCCUCCCACCUGAAAGAACUGGACCUGACGUACAACCACCCAGGAGAGUCAGGAGUGAAGCUGCUCUCUGUUAGACUGGAGGAUCCCCACUGCAGACUGGACACGCUCAGGGUGGAGUACGCAGGGGAGAUCAGAAUCAAACCAGGACUAAGAAAAUAUGCGUGUGAUCUCACACUGGACCCAAACACAGCACACACACGUCUCUCUCUGUCUGAGGGGAACAGAAAGGUGACGUGUGUGGAGGAGCAGCAGUCGUAUCCUGAUCAUCCAGAGAGAUUUGAUUACUGGUAUCAGGUUGUCUGUAGAGAGAGUCUGACUGGACGCUGUUACUGGGAGGUUGAGUGGAGUGGGGGAGGGGCUGGUAUAUCAGUGACAUAUAAAGGAAUCAGGAGGAAAGGACGCAGUUAUGACUGUUGGUUUGGAUGUAAUAUAAAGUCCUGGAAGCUGAGCUGCUCUGAUAACCGAUACACUGUCUGGCACAAUAAUAAGAGAACUGCCAUCUCUGCCCCCUCCAGCUCCAACAGAGUAGGAGUGUAUCUGGACUGGCCCGCCGGCACUCUGUCCUUCUACAGCGUCUCCUCUCACACACACACCCUCACGCACUUACACACACUCCACUCCACAUUCACUGAGCCCCUCUAUGCAGCGUUUUGGGUUUAUUAUAACUCCUCAGUGUGUGUGUGAGAGCUAGAAUAGCCUCCUGUGUCCUGGAGGAACACCUGAGUCUGCAGGGAAACACAACUGGUGAACAUCAUAAUACAUACAUGCCUGCUGAGUAUAAAAUACACACA